CUCGGGACUUCAGCUCAAGUCACUAGGCGUCCGAGCUCCCUCCCCAGCCGCAGCCUCAGCGGGGGGAGCCGGAGCAGCCUAGGAGCGGCCGGCGCCCGCCCGCUCAGGGGAGUUGGGGAUCGCAGGGGCUUGUUUUCGGCUCUGAAGAGGUCCCCGCCCAACCUUCAAAAUUUUGUCCAAAAGCAGACAGGAGGAUCGCCCCGCGCUGAGCCGGCUGGUGGGCAGCAGGAGGCGCCUGAUCGCCGCCGGGGCGCUGGGGGUGGUGAUGGUGCUGCUGCUGGUCAUCCUCAUCCCGGUGCUGGUGAGCUCGGCCGGCACGUCGGCGCACUACGAGAUGCUAGGCACCUGCCGCAUGGUCUGCGACCCCUACGGGGGCACCAAGGCACCCAGCACGGCCGCCACGCCCGACCGCGGCCUCAUGCAGUCCCUGCCCACCUUCAUCCAGGGCCCCAAAGGCGAGGCCGGCAGGCCCGGGAAGGCAGGCCCGCGUGGGCCCCCCGGUGAGCCUGGGCCACCGGGGCCCGUGGGCCCGCCGGGCGAAAAGGGCGAGCCCGGCCGCCAAGGCCUGCCGGGUCCGCCCGGGGCGCCCGGUCUGAACGCGGCCGGGGCCAUCAGCGCGGCCACCUACAGCACGGUGCCCAAGAUCGCCUUCUACGCUGGCCUCAAGCGGCAGCACGAAGGCUACGAGGUGCUCAAGUUCGACGACGUAGUCACCAACCUCGGUAACCACUACGAUCCCACCACGGGCAAAUUCACGUGCUCUAUCCCGGGCAUCUACUUCUUCACCUACCACGUCCUGAUGCGCGGUGGGGACGGCACCAGCAUGUGGGCUGAUCUUUGCAAAAACAACCAGGUGCGUGCUAGUGCGAUCGCCCAGGAUGCUGAUCAGAAUUACGACUAUGCCAGUAACAGUGUAGUCCUUCAUUUGGAGCCAGGAGACGAAGUCUACAUCAAAUUAGAUGGUGGGAAAGCCCAUGGAGGAAACAACAACAAAUACAGCACAUUUUCUGGAUUUAUCAUUUAUGCUGACUGAUCAUGUAGAAACUGAGUUUACUGUUCUGAGUUUGGACACUGGAUUCGUACGGCUUACAUCAGUGAAUCAAGGAUCCCAGGGGAAUGCCAGUUGUGGGGCCCCUCAGAUGUAUUUAAGUGGGGGAUUCAAAUGCUACCUGACUCACAUCUGUAUUCUCAGAAACAUUAUGUAAAAAAAUAUUAAAAGCAAGAUAAGCAGAUGUGUGAUCCACUACCGCCAAAGCAAAUACUCCUUAUUGUUAGUGUCCAUGUGAAUGAAGUCCUAUAUAGAUAACAAUUUUUUAUAGAAAAAUCUAAGACACGAAUUAUUUCUUCAAUAUAUAUGAUACUUUGGUGUACCGUGAUCCUGCUGCUCUUACCCAUGUCAGCUUUGGUUCUUGUGAGUGUACCUGCUUAUUAUGAUUCUCGGAGCCCAUUCCUAGUGUGGGAAGGAAUGAUUUUACCCGCAGGAGAAGGUCUAAUUGAAACAAUGCUGCUUGUCCCCAAAGAAAUUGUUUGCCUUGUACUCUUGUGAACUUUAGAGCUAGACCUGGGAAUGAUUCAACUUCAAGCCUUAACCUGGAAUUUUCUGGAUUUGAGCAAAUUCCCAAGCCUAUGGUCAUUUUCCCAUUUUCUUUUUCUUAUGGAUUUUCUUUUCUCUUUUCUGGUGAUAGUCUUUAAAAAUAGAGAUUGAAAUUGUAUCAUAGGUUGACCCUGUAAGUGUGAAAAUGUGUAAUAUGUAUGGUAUUAGAAAAUCCUCUAAGUGUCCAUUCUGUCAAUAGAAUGUGUUUAGAUUUACUAGGAAAGUCAGAGAAAUGUAUUCUUUGGUGUUAAAUCAGACUGAGGUUGUUUGCCUUCUUUGGAACAAAAGAUUAUUCAUAACCUAAUACACGAAACUUUAAUUUGAGCUACUGCAUGCAUCACCAAGGGGACUCUAAGGAAGGCCUUCAAAGAGUUACUGUAAGUCGUGGCCUGAGGUUAUUUCAAAAUGAACAAUUUCACAUAUAACCAGUAUGACAACAGAGUGUAUAUAUUUUAUAGAAAUACCUGCCAUGUGUGUGUAUGUAUAUGUACACAUAUACACACACACACAUAUAGAUGAAUAGAUAUAUAUAUGGCUUCAGACCAUAGGCACAGUGGCUGGUAUAGCUUCAAAUUUUUAAUAAAAAAAUAUAUGUGUAUGCAUACACACAAACAUAUAAAUUAUCUGACUUAUUUUGGAUUGAAAUAUAUUUUGGAUGACAAAAAUAUAUGGAAUAGCAAAAUAAUUUAAAUGACUUCUCUUUUAAGAGUUAUCCAGAAAAUUGAAUUGUAUGAGGUCCUAGGCAUCACGUGUCUGUAAAUUAAGCCUAUGGCUGCUCUGUUACCCCUGCCAAUCGAUACUUUUCACUGCAUUCUGUGGCAGACUGUUAACAUUAGGAUUGCUGAAACAAAGUGGCUCUCCUUUGUAGUGUUUAUGAAUUAUACACAUUUGAAUUAUCAAUUUUUUUUCUCAGGUGGAUUGAAGCUGACAGUAAAGUAGAUUUUGAAAGUGGUGCAAAUCCUUUCUCUCUAUUUAAAACACACUGCCAAAAGCCAUCUCCUUAAAACUAAGAAAAAGAUCAACAACAAUGCGUGUUGAUAGAUCCUGACUAUCAGACAACUUCCACUGUUACAAUGAAAAAUCUGUUCCCCUCUCAGCUGCCUUUGAAGACUAACAAGUAGACUUCAAAAACAGAUUUAAAAAUCUAUUUGUUUUUCUGGUAAAGGACAUUUGCAUUUUUUUCAUUUAAAGGAAUUAAUUUGUUCUUCUGGCUCUUUCCUCUUGGGUACUUUAUGUUCUAACACAGAAAACUUGAUCAUCUUUGAUCCACAGAAAUAUCUUUUAUUUAACAAACCUUACCUUUCCCCAAGAGUUAUGCAUGGUGUUCCCAUCUGCAGGUGCUGUGUGCUUGGUUUAAAUGCCUUAGUCUGGGAAACUGUCAUGGUUAUGUGAUUUAAAGCACUCAGCCCAUUCUUCAAGAAUAAUGACUAAUUCUAUCUGGCCUUCCUAAUAUAUAAGAUAACUUAUAAAAGAGUUACAAUGGAUUUUAUUUCAAUUUAACAAUAUGUACUAUUAAAAAGGAAUUAGCAACAGGGUUUGGGGAAUUCUUUUCCUUCUUUUUUUUUAGGUAACAGAUAGCAUACUGAGGAUUCAACCAAAAGAUUAAUUUAUAAACACUGCACAUCAGCUAAGAGUUUUAACUAAUAGUUUUUAAAAAGGCUUUAUUUACAUAAUUCAUCAGGGCUGGGAACCUUUUAGAGAGUAGACUGUAGAAUCAGACUGUCAUUUCUAGUAGACCUGACCUUUUCUUCAGAUAAAUAAGCAUUAUUUUCUCUAUUUAAGGCCAAGGAACACAAAGAAAAGGUAAAAGAAAUAAAGGUAAUAUGUACGUAUAUAUAUAUGGCAAACAUUUUUUUGCAUUAUACAUUAUUAAUUACUUAAAUUGUGGCCUUUGUUAUUAUAAAUGUAAUGAUUCAUUAAACUAUAUUAUGUAAUAUAUCCUGACUUUUAUUAUUGAAUUUUUAUAAUUCAGUAUUAUGUGAUGAGUUCAUGCCCCCUUAUACAAAUUUUUCAAAAUGUAACAAAAUGUAUAGCAAAACUUUAUUUCAGAAAGCCACAGGCAACACAAAUUGAUUUAUUAUAAGUAUAUAUAAAUAGGUGGACAGCUCAUAAUUAACCUUCCGCACUAUUUUUUUCCAUUGUAAAUUGGUAAUUGUCUUAUGGUAUCUAUUGAAAAAAAUCUCAGAAUUCAACUUCC